GGGCAAUCAGUUGAUAGUGACCGUUCGGAGAGACCGCACAGCAGGACCCGGGAACAGACUCGACAAGAUGGGUGCUUUGGGAGCCAUCGUCGUGGCCAUCAUUAUCCGGCUGGUGGUGGGCAGCACUAUGGAUAUAAACCUGAAUCAACCGGACGCUCAAGUUUACCACCGGCAGGACAUGAAGAAGGGAGAGUUCGAUUACGGGUACCACGUCCAGUCGGUUAACAAUCAGUUCCAGCACAAGGUGAAGGGUCCGGAUGAUGUGACGUACGGGUGCUACGGGUACGUGGACCCUUCGCAUCGGAAGCACCUGGUGUACUACGUUGCCGAUCGGAUGGGCUACCGGAUCAUCUUCCCGAAUCGGCCCACGAAGAUCUUCAGCGCAAAGUUGGCGGAUAGUUUGAACAAGCUGGACGGUGCGGUCAAGGGAAAAGACUAUGACGAGCGGGUGGUCGAGUGGAACAAUCUGUACAUGCCCGAUUCUUGCUUCCGGCUGAACGAGAUUCUGGACACGGCCGCCAGCAAUCAGUCGCCCCAGCAGCAACAACCCCCAAGGAUCUCCCAGCAAGUUCCGAGACAGGAUAGACCAACGGUACAGUACCCCGCGAAACCUGCACCAGCAAUUCCGCAACCGACUCAGUACACGAUUCCAACGACACCGGCCUAUACGGUCAAUGAAGUGGAGACUGGAGAUAGGUACCAGCCAGACCCGUACGCUGGAGGACACCACCGGGACGGCCAGCAGCCCCCCGUGUACCAGGGUGGAGUUGGAGUGAUCCAGGUACCAGAGUCACCGGACCAGAGUCGCCAGCAGCCGUCAGGGCAGCCGCAAACCUGGCAGGGUUCGCUUCCGGACAUCAACCCAGCUAACAUAAACCUGGACCAGUUCAAUGGGCAAGUUUAUCCGAUCCACACCGGUAGCUACGACGGAUCGGCCCAGGAAGUUCUGCAGGGUUUCGCGGCUACGGGCCAGUUCGCGAGCUCCCAGUAUAACCUCAAUGUCACGCAGUUGCUGGCCCAGAUCGAGGCGGUCAACUCGCAGGUCAUCACGCUCAACAUGCUGCUGGCCGGAAUGGCUGCCAAUCCGACGGCAUUCGCCAACGCCAACGAGAGCAGCUGCCGGAGCGUGGUGCAGCUGCUCAAGACCCAGAACCGUACUCCGCAGCUCGUCUACGUGCCGAUCCUGAUCCCGUACGUGCAGGGCCAGUACAACAUUAACCAACCGAUCGGUUCGUCCCGCCCGGAAGCGUAUCAGUCUCAGGGGCAACCCGGUUGCAAGGGUUGCCAUGGCUAGGGGCUGAAGUUUCCUUGAAGGCAUAAGACGCUGAUAAGCACUGCGCUUCUCGCGAUGAGGUCUGAUUGUGCUGAUGAUGUCUAAUGAAUGGCGUACCCAGUUGAUUAGAACAGUAGUUCAAUGUUGCAAACAUGAAAUAUAAAGCUUAUACAAAUGACAAUAAUUAGUUGUCUUUAGAGUUGUUAAGAGAUGCCAGAAAUCCUUUUGUGGUGUUUGCUGUUGGUAACAGAAUUAAAACAAUGCCCGAAGCACUUCUUGACCAGCGGAACUCGAAUUUCCAAAUUUGCAAUCAGCUGUUUGAAUUAUUGAUGAGCUUGGGCACGAAGGCCAAACCGAAGCUGAAUAAAC